AUGACAUUGAAAUUUUUUUCUGUCUUCAAUAAAGACGAUCAGGCUGUGGUCAAGGCUGGCUCCUUCUUUCACUUUUCACCAAACUGCUCAAAGACCUACAAGGUCCCCCGUCGUCCCUUCGAGGCCGCCCGUCUCGACCAGGAGUUGAAGCUCGUCGGAGAGUACGGUCUCCGUAACAAGCGCGAGAUCUGGCGCAUUGGUUUCACCCUGUCCAACAUCCGUCGUGCUGCCCGUGAGCUCUUGACCUUGGAGGACAAGGACCCCCGUCGCCUCUUCGAGGGUAACGCAUUGAUUCGCCGCUUGGUCCGCAUCGGUGUCUUGGACGAGGACAAGAUGAAGUUGGAUUACGUCUUGGCCUUGAAGAUCGAGGAUUUCUUGGAGCGUCGCCUCCAGACCCAGGUCUUCAAGCUCGGUCUUGCCAAGUCCAUCCACCACGCCCGUGUCUUGAUCCGUCAGCGUCACAUUCGCGUCGGUAAGCAGGUCGUCGACAUCCCCUCCUUCGUUGUCCGUCUCGACUCCCAGAAGCACAUUGACUUCUCGCUCACCUCCCCCUACGGUGGUGGACGUGCCGGUCGUGUCAAGAGAAAGCGCGCUGCUGCCGCUGCCUCCAAGGGCGAGGAGGAGGAGGAUGAGGAGUAA